AUGUGUAGACAUGCAAAAGAGUGGCUUUACAUAAGUGUGCAGAGAUGCAUGAUUGAGACUGAGAUGUUCAUCUCUAGGACCGAUUGGUAUAUAUGGAAUCUCAAUUUCCUCGGGAUAAAGUUCCCAGUUAUCGUCUUCUUCAACUUCUCCCCCUACAUUUCUGUGACUGUGGCUAGCAGCUUCUUUUGUUUUACGCUUCCUUUUCUCCUGAGAGCUCUCGAAGAAUCGUCGUCUCCGAGACUCCUGCAACACGCCGGCUCUGAAAAUCGUUGUGAGGUAAACCCAGGACUUCAACGUUAA